AUGCUGCACCUUAGAAUGAAAAUGCUGACACUGAUGUGGAUUAUAGCAAUGCUUUAUAAUAAAACUGUAGACACCACACAAACAAAAGGUGUAAAUCAGCCGAACUCAGUGAUUGCUGCUGCUGUUGGUGAUAACGUGACUCUGCACUGCUUUGAACUAGGAGAUCACAAAUCCGAUGGCAUUGUUUGGUACAAGCAAAAAGUAGGACACCAGCCUCGUGUAAUGGUUACAGUUUUAGGUGAACCCAAAUAUGAAGAUAAGUUUAAGCCACCAAAAUUCAGCAUCAAAAAGGAAAAGAAAAACUGCCAUUUAAAAAUCUCUAAUGUGCAGCCAUCAGAUGAAGCCAUGUAUUACUGUGGAUUUAGAGAGUUUCUAACACACUUUGGAGAUGGGACAUUUUUAGCAGUGACAGGGGAUGAAGAUGUUAAAGUCUCUGUGUACCAGAACAGUGGGUUGGACUCGGUUCCUGCAGGAGCGUCAGUGACUCUGCAGUGCUCGGUUCUCUCUGAGAGCAGAGCAGCAGAACUCCAAGUGCUCUGGUUCAGAGCUGCUCCACCACAAUCCCAUCCUCAAAUCAUUUACACCCAUCACAACAGCAGCCAUCAGUGUGAGAGCCGCUCUUCUACAAACACCUGUGUGUACAACUUCUCCAAGAACAUCCUUAGCCUCAGUGAUACUGGGACUUACUACUGCGCUGUGGCUGUGUGUGGGAAGAUCAUUUUUGGCAACGGGACACAAGUACAAAUGAACAGAUCUGUGGCUCCUGUAGUGAUUUGCCUCACUGUAGCUUUGGGAAUGUGUGUCAUCAUGAUCUUUGCAUUGAUAUUUGUCAUAAGGUAUAAAGACAGAAACAUGGUGAGACUCAAACAAGGUUCUGUGAUUGCCAAGACCUUUAAUCAGGAUGCUGAGAACACAGAGCUGAACUACGCUGCGUUACAUUUCAGUGACAGGAGAACCAAACGAGAAAGAUUGAAGAAACAACAACCUCAAGAUGUUAUAUAUUCUGAUGUGCGACAUCCUUCUGUAUCUUAG